UAAGCUAACAUGACGCCGGUGACUCGGAGCGAAGAGCCGCAGCCCCGUCCUUUGAAAAGUCGCUAAACUAACCUGAAAAACGAACUGUAAACGGUGUCCGUGGCUUUAAACAGGCCACCAAAACUUUAGAGAAGUUUCACAACGAGCUGACAAACUGUUCUACAGAUUUAAAGCCGCGCUUCGUGUUGGAGUAAGUUCGCCGCUAACGUUAGCUAACCGCGCUAUGCUGCUACCGACGCGAAGCUGAGCUAACAGGAUUAGCUCCGGGAGCUAAACACAAGUUAAAGGUGGUUAAAUGGCAGCGAAUCGGAGCAGCCGGUCCAGCCUGGCAGGGCAACUGUGAAGGUGAGCGUCUGAACCACAUAUACCUGCUGCUGCUGCUUAAGGCUAACUGUUAGCAACCUGGAGAGUGACGGCAGGUACAGCGGAGACCUGCAGGUGUCACCUGGACAGGUAUUUAGAUACGUGUUCAAACGGGACAGACCAGCACACAGAACUCCAAUGACAAGUCUUGAAAUUUUACAGGAUGCUCCAGGGGCCGUACAGCAGCCUGGACCGGGACAGGCCCCUCAUCCGGCUGCCGUUCACCGACUUCGCCGUGGGGACGGUUCUGCUCCCUCUGGUCGGCUUCAUCGGCUGCCUCUUCAUCUCCCUGUUGUACCACUUUGAGGAUGCGACAUACACACACUGCCAGGUGUCAAACUACCUCCCGUCCAUCAGCGCCGCUAUCAGCCGCGUCCCGGAGCGCUACAUCUGGCGCUGCUGCAUCGGCCUGCACUCUGCGCCGCGUUUUCUGGUGACCGCCGCCUAUUUCACCUUCUACCGAAGCCGCUUCGCUAAGAGGCUGCCGGAGCUGCUGCUGAGUGGGCUGGCUCUCCUCUGCAGCCUCGCCGAAAACACCGGCCUGCUGCUGCUCACAUACGUGUCGUCCACUGAAACUUACAGUCUUCAUAAAAACGGUUUCAUCGUGUUCAUAGGGAGCUCGCUGCUGCACAUGCUCAUUACAUGCAGACUGUGGUACGUGAUCAAGAGACACUACGUGAACCCAGAGGAAAUCACGUCUUAUCGCUGGAAGCUGCGUCUCUUCGUGUUCAACGUCAGCUGCUGUUUGGCCGCCGCCUACUUCUUCAGACGCCACAACAAUCACUGUGAAGCUGGAGUCUAUACCCUGUUUGCCUUCUUUGAGUACCUGGUGGUCUUCUCCAACAUGGCCUUCCACAUGACGGCCUUCUGGGACUUUGGGAGCAAAGAGGUGAUCGUGGCCACGCCGCCGGAGGACAAACGAUACUGAGCGGAAUUUUUUAAUGACUUUUGUGGACACGUAAAGGUGGCUGUUGCCCCCCAUGAACAGCUUAAGAACUGACUGAUGCUUUUAGUAGGUGCGACUGAAGCUAUACUCAAUCAUUCCAACAACACUUUCGACCUUCAACCUCGUAGUCAGAGCACACGUAUAACGGGAGUGAUGGAAACAUGGCUGAUGGCUCCUCGGCAUUGGAUGACGUGUUGCUAAGAUCCCGCCGACACAAACUGAGUGACUCGUGGCAGGAGAUCAGACUGUCACUUCAUGGAAAGUUUUACGUCGUCUGGGUUUUUCCUACAUAGAAGAAUUUUUGAUGCCCUACAAAAAGGCUUUAGCUGACACCAAAGGAAAAUCACCAACACCGACACGACAAGAACUGAAGAUAAAAAUAUAAAUAAAAUUUUUUAAACACUUAUUUCAUGGGGUUUCAUUUACUCGAGUGUAAAAAACUGUUUUACUUAUCAAAUGGUCAAAAAAUAGCAGCAAGAUGCGCAGAUUUCUGUAAAAUAACGUGAAACAGACUCAUUGGAUUCAUGAUUACUGUCAUGUGUACUUACUGUAGAACAAUCCUGAUAUUAAAUGUAUAAAUAUA